UUUUGGAGCUGCUGGUGGAUUAGUUUUAGUUCUCUUUGCUUUCGGGUACGGUUCGAGAGCUGGCCGGAUUACCAUUUCCACUUGGGAGUGACCAUUAACGGUGAUGAUGGUGCUACCUUUUUCAUAGAAAUGGCGAGCCCUCCGGUUUUUUUCCCUUAGAUUCCUCUGGGACGGGCAUCGUCGAUGUACCUUCGUCUUCUCCUUCACACAGGGGUGUGUGUACGAUGCAAUGGCUAAAAUGGUCUAGUGUGGUUGUCGGGGUUGGCUUUGGGGAUUAAUCAAGCGAUACGCGAUGAUGCCGAGCCGCGUUUGUGCGUAUACUCUCUCCCUAUCUUGCUGGUAUGCUCAGAGUUGAUCUCUCUCUCUCCCUAUGCUCUCAACGGUGCCCUAUUGCUGCGAGAGAGCGAGAGAGCAAAUUCUGGCAUGUUCCCGCUCUCAAGGUUGUCUUCUCAGAACCUUCGCGUAACCUAUAUAGACAAGGUGCGAGAUUGAGCGAAAGAGACCCACACAUGCAUCUCUGUUAGGGGUUGAAAAGGGGGUCUCUUUGACACUGUCAAGCGCGGGGGUUUUUGAGGUAGGGCCCUUCAACGUUCACCAAGAGCGAAUCAGCGGGUGUGUUCAUCCAUUCAACAUCAGCAGCACCGUUGGUUCGGACGCACACAUUCUGGUUCAUUCGCAUUCAACACUCGUCUGGCAGCAGGAGCAGCAGCAGCAGCAGCAGCGUCAGCAGCACUAGGUCCGGUCACAACAUACACCGGUCAGUUUUCCAUUAACCGUGGGUAGCAGGGGCAGUUGCAUUAAAAGCCGCCAUUGCCCCCUUUGCGCUUCGGGAUAACGGGCUGGCGGAUUGAACCUAUAAACAGAGAGUGAAGGACGAGUGUAUCAGCGUGUUUGUGUGUGUGUGAAUGUGCUUUUCUUCCCCCUCCAAAAGGAUUUAAUCCUAGAAAGAGGGAGCGAGCGAGCGAGAACGAGCUUUCCGUUCGUCGGUUGGAUCGAUCGGUGAUUAAUGGAAAAUGUAUCCAGCCGGGUGUAAAUAUUAAUUAAAAUGGCAACAAUGGCUCGUAUGUCACGAAGGCACGUGUGCGGUGCCUGAGAAGUGCGUCUAUAUUUAUCGUCGUGUGUGUGUGUUUGUGUGUGUGUGUCAGUGUUCCGCGACGGUUCUUGUUGGUCCUUUCCAAUAUCGGCGCCAUUUUCCAGUGAAUCACAAGCGAGUUUUCCCUUCCAAAGCGCCAAAGGAAAAGAUCCUUUUUCUCUAAGUGUAUAUGUGUGUGUGUGUUAGUGAGUGUGCCAGUGCAUACCGGAUGGUAACCGGAACGGCAGAUUGAUUGAAUUAUCGGCAAUCGAUCUCCCCCGGGCAAGAGGGCCCGCGCGAGAUACGUCUGUGGUCUAGAUUGUUGUGGCGCUGGUUCGUUUUUUUUGCCACACAGCUGUCCCCUCGCUUCUCCUGGAGGGUUUGCAAACCGCACACCACCCGGCCGUGAUUUCCCCGCAACGCGCAAGAAUGGCCUCGCUACUGACGGCGGCGGACAGGCAGAACAGCACCACGCAGUCACCGCAAUCACUGUCCGGCUCGUGCUCGCCGAGAAAUGCAGCGUCGCCGAAUGCCAGCGCCACCGCUGCCGCCACGACCGCUGGCGGUCAACCAACGGCGGGGGGUGGUGGUAGUACGGCGGUGGCCCUGAAUAAUCCGACCGCCGUCAAGCUGGGCGUUAUGGACGUCCCGAAGGCCCUGCAGGACGGCGAGAAGUUCAUCAAGUGGGACGAGGACUCGUGCAACGGUACGCCGGUGACGCUGCGGGUCGAUGUCAAGGGCUUCUUUCUGUACUGGGUGGAUCAGAACCACGAGAUGGACAUGCUGGACAUUGCCACCAUUCGCGACGUUCGCACCGGCCAGUACGCCAAGAAGCCGAGGGACAUGAAGCUGCGCCAGAUCGUGACGAUGGGCUCGCAGGACACACUCGAGGAGAAAACCGUCACCGUGUGCUACGGGGCCGACUUUGUCAACGUCAACUUUAUCAACUUUUGCUGUACGCGCAAGGAAAUUGCUCGGCUAUGGUGCGACGAGCUGAUCCGGAUGGCGUACAACUUGACCCAGCUGAACGGUCCGGCGAUCAUGUUUCUCCAGAAGGCGUACACCAAACUUUGCCUGCAGGUCGACAAGAGUGGCAAGAUUCCGGUAAAGAACAUCAUCAAAACGUUCGCCACGAACAAGGACGACCGGCGGCGGGUGGAGAAAGCGCUGGACGUGUCGGGGCUGCCGUCCGGGAAAGGCGAUACCCUCGCGCUGACCAAGUUCCAGUUUGAGGACUUUUUUAAUCUGUACAAAAACCUUUCCCAGCGCACCGAGGUGGAGAAGGUGUACGAUGAGCUUGUCGGUACUUCCAAGCGACGCCUGAUGUCAACGUCGCAGCUAGUCGAUUUUCUCAACAAAACCCAGCGGGAUCCGAGGCUGAACGAGAUCCUGCACCCGUACGCCAACACGGCCCGGGCCCGCGAUCUCAUCCAGGAGUACGAGCCGAACAAGUUUAACGCCCAGAAGGGACAGCUCAGCUUCGACGGUUUCCUGAGGUAUCUGAUGUCCGAGGAUAAUCCCAUCAUGGCGGCGAGUAAGCUGGACCUGUCGGACGAUAUGGAUCAACCGAUGGCGCACUACUUCAUCAACUCGUCCCACAACACCUACCUGACCGGGCAUCAGCUGACGGGCAAAAGUUCGGUCGAAAUCUAUCGCCAAAGUUUGUUGGCCGGUUGCCGGUGUGUGGAGCUCGAUUUCUGGAACGGGCGCACUGAGGAGCCGGUGAUCGUGCACGGCUACACCUUCGUGCCGGAGAUCUGCGCCAAGGACGUGCUGGAAGCGAUUGCCGAGACCGCCUUCAAGACGUCCGAAUUUCCUGUGAUACUAAGCUUCGAGAAUCACUGCAACCCGAGGCAACAGGCGAAGAUAGCAAACUACUGUCGGGAAAUAUUCGGCGACAUGCUGCUGGACCGGCCGCUCGACUCCCAUCCGCUCGAAUCGAACGUCGAGCUGCCGCCGCCCGCCCUGCUGAAGCGCAAGAUUAUAAUUAAAAACAAGAAAAAACAUCACCACCAUCACCAUCAUCACCAUAAAAAGGCGGCCACCGUUGUAUCGAGCCCGCAGCAGCCGCCGCCACCCGCCGGCACCACGGUUGUUGCGAACAAUGUGAGCAAUAGUAACAGUACCGCAGCUAAUGCACAUGCCACAGCAGUUAACAACAGCAGUGCCAACAGUACCAACGCUGCCAGCAACACACCCGGGGUCACACCGGCCGUUAACAGCAACAGUACAAAUGCAGCAGCAAAUCCAAGCUUACCGCCGUCGCAGCAAGACGAACCGAAUGGCACGGUCGUCGUCAGCAACAACAAUGGCACGGCAGCACCACUGCAAGCAACCGGAAACGGAGAAAUACCGCACCAUGCACCACCACUGCAGCAAAUUCGCCAAAGCUCCAAGGAAAGCACGGGAUCGUCGGAUACUGAUAGCUCGAGCGAUGACGAGUCCAUGCCCGGCACCGUGGUCGGCCCGAUCGGUGCGAGCGAGGCGGACAAGGUGCCCCAAACCAAAGAGACUGAAGCGGGCGCGGAAAUAUCCGCCCUCGUCAACUACGUGCAGCCGGUGCACUUCAGUAGCUUCGAAAAUUCGGAAAAAAAGGCACGCUUCUACGAGAUGUCUUCGUUUGAUGAGAAGCAGGCAACCACGCUGCUGAAGGAGCGUCCCAUCGAGUUUGUCAACUACAACAAGCAUCAGCUUUCGCGCGUCUACCCAGCCGGUACACGCUUCGACAGUUCCAAUUUUAUGCCCCAGCUUUUCUGGAACGCUGGAUGUCAGCUGGUGGCGUUAAACUACCAAACGCUUGACCUGGCGAUGCAGCUCAACCUUGGCAUCUUCGAGUACAACCACCGGUGCGGGUACAUACUGAAGCCGGAGUUCAUGCGCCGCAAGGACCGACGGUUGGACCCGUUCGCCGAGAGUACGGUCGACGGUAUUAUUGCGGGCACGGUCAUGGUGACGGUGAUAUCGGGCCAGUUUCUCACCGACAAGAAGGUGGGCACGUACGUGGAGGUGGACAUGUUUGGGUUGCCGGCCGAUACGGUGCGCAAAAAAUUUCGCACCAAAAUCGUGCGCGACAAUGGCAUCAAUCCGGUGUACGACGAGGAACCGUUCGUGUUUAAGAAGGUCGUCCUGCCGGAGCUGGCCAGCAUACGGAUAGCGGCGUACGAGGAGGGUGGCAAGCUGAUCGGCCAUCGGGUGCUGCCGGUGAUAGGGCUGUGCCCGGGCUACCGCCAUCUGACGCUGCGUACCGAGGUGGGGCAACCGAUACCGCUGGCCACGCUCUUCCUGUGCAUCGUGGUGAAGGAUUACGUGCCGGACGGGCUGUCCGACUUUGCCGAAGCGCUCGCCAACCCGAUCAAGUACCAGAGCGAGCAGGAGAAGCGCUCCAAGCAGCUGGCCGUGCUGCAGGAGGACAUGGAACCGUCGGAUGAGGACUCGUUUGUCGUUGUGUCCUUAGGUACGAACAAAAAGGGUGACACGCUCCGGUCGAGCGAAACCAACAACACGACCAGCAGCCCGGCGAGGCAACGGUCCGUCGCUGGCACGCAAUCGUCGCAGGGCGGUGCCGGUGGUACGGCGGACAGUGAUGCGGAAGCACCGCUGGAAGCGAUCACCAAGAUGGUUGCCCUGCCCGUUGCACAAUCCUCAUCGCUCGACCAUUCGAACGUUCCCGCAGCCAAACUCUCCACCACCUCGCGAGAACCGACGACUACUGGUGGUGGUGGUGGUGGCUCUGGUGCACCAAUCCUUACCACUACCACCAACACGCCGAACGUGGCCACCGGUGAGGGGCUGAAUGCCGCGAACGGGGGCAAGAUAGUGGCCGAUCCGUUGGAGAAAAUCUUCGAAGACAAGCAGAUCCGCAAGAAGCGGGAAGCGCUGGAGAAGGAGCUGAAGGCGCUGAAGAAGAGCCACGACAAGGAGAAGCUGAAGAUACAUGCGGCUCAGAAGAGUACGGAUCUCGGCGGUGGUGAUGCACCGGUCAAGAAGUCCAAGUUCGGCAUGGGCAACAAGCUGGUGAAGCGCUUCAGCAGCAAAAACAUGGCGGACAUGAACGUGAAGGUACCGCCGUGUGCGUCCGUGUCGGACGCGGAGGGUACGGGCGAUGCGCAGGCGGAACGGUUGCGGCAGAUUUGUCGCGACCAUGCUGGAAGCUAUCGGGAGGUGCUGGAGAAGUAUCACGACAUCAUCUACACGCUGGCGGAGGAUCUGCUGCGCCAGUCGCAGGAUGCGCAGAUGAAGCAGCUGAAGACGCAACUGGAGCGAGAAACGAGUGAGGUGAUGCGACAGCUGCAGCUAUCGCGCAAAAGCGAGGUAAAGCAACUGGCAAUGGUGCACAAAGAUAAAGAUGAGCUGGAGAGAAUGAAACGAGAGGUUGACACAACGCUCGUAGAAAAGGGCGUCACAGAGCGGGUCAGACUAACGGCCACCUACGAACGGAAGCGCGACGAGCUGCAGCGACAGCACGAUUCCGUGAAGCAAGGACUGGAAGACCACAAGCUGAAGGCCCGCUCGAUGCUGGAAAAGGAAGCGGAAUCGCAUGCCUUCAUUUCGGACACAUUCCUAGCGCACCUGAACACCAGCAACAGCACCACGAGCUGUUCGUCGGUCGGUGCCACCACCAACCAUCCGCCGGCGACGUCCGUCUCGAGCGGAAACAUUUGCGGUGCCGGUGGAACGGCCGGCAGCAACCACGAGAACAACGUUAACAAUGCUCACGCAUAACCGCCCGUCGGCAAGGGCGAUGGCGCAGGAGCGAAACCGAACUGAGCUUAUCGCAUCGGGGUAUGGGGAUCCGCGGACCAUACCGGCCCUCCCGACAGCCACGAAGAGCUGGCAUAUUUGUGAACUGCAAAAAGGUCUGCUAGUGGUACAUUUCGUCGAGUCACAGACAGCGGCAGCACAACAACUUACUUUUAUAGCAAGCAACUUAUUGGCCUAAUUACUGUUAUCGUAUUUGCUGGCGUAUCGGCGGUCGGCGAUAUCUUAUCGGCCGAAUCGUUGGGCGCCCAAUCGUUUGUGCCACACACUCCCCUUUUUCUUCCACGACUCUAGGCUCCUCUAGUAGCCGUGUUAGUAGCUUAGGUAUAGGUUAGUUUCUUUUAGAUCCCGGGGAACGCGCACGGGGAAAUGGUACUCAUACUCGUUUAUUCAAUGCCGAAUCUCACAGGUGGGGGAAAACUCCGCGAGCAAAGGCAUUUUUUCGAGAAGCACAUAAUACUUUUUAGUGGACGGCAAGCCGAGCAAGCGUUGAACGUUAGCUCAGCAGCCUUUCAAUGUUGUGUGUUUGUGUUGUUUCAAUUCCAACCUCGAAUUAUUAGAUUAGAUUAUUAGAUCAGCAGGUGUAGCAAUUGGUGGAGCGGGGAUAAGGUAGAGUAGCACACAGAAAACUAGAAAUCGGUACAAAACAAGCAAUCGAACGGGCACCAGGUUCGGGGUAAAUGGGAGAAUUUUGGAAUUGGAGUUAACAGAUCGGUGCGAAUGGUGGCAAAAGUGAAAGCAAGCUCUCAUUCAUCGAUUUACUCACCGGAACUUCACGGGUCAUCUGAAAGGGUAUUAUUAGAAAACGACGCUGUACGGUAGUAAAUUCUCGAAACUAGUAGCAUGUGUUACCAACACGGUUGUUUAGUGGUGGUUUUUGGCAAAUUGUCGAUAGGGGCAGAAGGCGCACUUCAAAAGUGCACCCAGCGAAUGCAGCAGAAUGUGCAAUCUUAUCGUUUAAGGACGAAUUAAAGAUUUCGUAAGAAGGAGAUAAAUCUCUAAGGGGUAAAGGUGGUAAACAGAUAAGGAAAGAUUCUCGAUUCAAAAUCAAAGCUUUGAGGAGGAGGAUCGAACAGAACUGUUCAAUGCUGCGCAGCACACGUUUUACUUAACUGUCAACAUGAAUUUUCACUCUAAGUGCAAGAACUCACCAACGGUGAGAAACUUAAACAAAACAAAGCGUGCCAGAGAACAUGCUUGUAUGUAGCCAUAAUUUGUACUACUUCGUUACACUGUGCGCGCUCUGCUUCGUACAAAACUGUUCGUUAUCUUGCUGGUUUCACUACCUUUGCACUACUCUCGCCUCACACUCACCCGUGCUCGAAUAAGUUAACAGCGGACAACCUGCAACGAUGAGCGGUGUACUAAGAGAAAAACAAAUGGUACAGCUUUAAAGCGCAUACAUACACCGAUAGAGGAACGACAAGAUUUGGAAAGCAUUCCGUUAGGCAAAAUCACAUAAGCGUGCAAAGCGUUAGUAACUGCAAGCUGUAAACGCACACGUACUAUUACUACUAUUACUACUACACACUACUAUCAUACGCAGUGGAAUUUCGCGCAGCCGUAAUGCACUUACAUACCGUACAUAUAUGCAUUAAACAGGUACAUGUUAACAGUAACUGAACGCCCAGACCCAGUAUAGUAGUAUCAUAGUACCAUCACACCCACCCAUUUGGUACUAAAAGAAACCCCCUGUACUAAAAACGAUCCACAGUCAAUGUUGUUGGACAGCGAAGACGUUUCAAAAUCAGAAAUAAUUCAAAUGCAAUAAUUACUCGAUAACCGCAUAGCGCAUACGUGUUUGUAGCAGUGACACCGGAAAGUGGACACCAUAUUAAUCGCCGUAGCUUAAUGAAAUGCAUUUUUUUUAAAUAUAUGUAGACUAUUGAUGUUAUUAGCUUGUGCUCUCGAGUUGGAUCGCUCAGGAUCCACACACAAACAUACAGGAAGUUCGGCUCCUCCGAAACAGCUUGAACCUUUGGCCGGGUUCUUUGCUGCAGCAGCCUACGGCAUAUCUUAUUAAAUCUGCUCUUUGUCCCUACCUUUUGUAUGGUUGGUACCGGACCUUUCCUCGCGCCGAGUUGUCUGGGUGGGCAGUGGUGACAACCCUAACCGAGGAAGGCAAAAAACAAACCCAAUAGCAACGCACUAUUUGAAUUGAACGCCUCAGUUUUUAUCUGCAGGAUCGUGUGUUGCCUUCGGCUGUACGCACUGCACUCUUUGCAGUGGUGGUGCCAAACGGAAACCGCGAUCGCGGAGAAAAACUGGGAAAUUGGAAGAAACGUGUAGUUAAACGUAAAAAAAAACACACACACAUUCAAACAAACUUAAACAAAAGAAACUCUAUUUACUAUUGUCAUUAUACGGAUGUAAGGGAUAUAACACGGGUCGGGGACAGCUAAACAUUCGCCCACCGAAGUGGGAAUGUAAAGCAGUUUGUAUGUGUAUGUAUGUGUGUGUGUGCGUGUAUGUAGUUGAUGUUAACGUUCUUGAAGUAGGUUUCUGAUGAAGCAAAAACAAAAAAAUGGUUAGAAAAGAGAGACAAAAAACAAGUGAUAAACCCACCAACACACCAUAGCAGCUGAGGUAGGCGGGGGAAGAAAAGCUCGAAUCGUGUUUGCGGAGGGAGGAUAGCAUUGUUGGCCGGAUGUAAACGGGUUGUAAAUAGUAGCAAAUACUUGUGCGGAUAAUUUUUCAAUUUCCCACAGCACGAUAAGCAGCACACAUCAUCUCUGGGUUUUCCCUUCACUCGAAAGCCCUGUGUCUGUAUACGUAUGUCUGUAUGUGUGAAUGUGUAUGAUUGUACGUGUGUGCGUUUUAGCGAGUCUUCUAGUUAGUUGUUGAGAACAAUUACAUAUAUAUAUCUCCAUGAAUUGUAUCACUACGCAUAAAACAAAAACGGGAUAAACGGGGUGGGUAGGACAGGUUUAAAGCUAUCUGUGUUCUUCUUAGAAGAGCUAACCAGGCUGAAACGGGGAUAAAAGCGGCUUAAUUUUAUACGAAUUAUUUAUUUUUAGCUUUCGUUUCGUUUUAGCCCAUCUCGUGUGCAAAAUGCUUUGGUUUAGCCUUCCGUUUUUCACUUACAUGUUAUUUUAUACGUUUUUUAAGUCUAUUUUAACCGAAUAAAUAAGAAAACAGAACAUACACAACAAACGAAGACAAUCAAUGACACUGUCAUCUUAUGAGAAACACACGUUAGGCCGUUUCGUUACGUGAACCAUUCGAAGGAUUCGUACACUCUCGGAACGAAAACCUCACGUGGGUGGGAGGCAGCUACUCUACUGAGCUACUACUGAAGAAAACAAAGGAAAACCAUUUCUGUGUGUGAGUCUGUUUUGAACUAUUUAUCUGUUUUGGUUUCAUUUUUUAGACUGUUUAUUCAAUUUAUUUAUUUUUUCUGUGUAAGUUUUAAUUAUGUUUUCCUCGUUUUUAAACGACGGAAAAUCUGCGAUCGUUCUGGCUUUGGAUGUAUUUGCCUGUAAAAAAAGAAUGCUUGCGCUAACUGAUGGAAGGACUUAAACUUUGAUACUGUAACCGAUAAAAAAUGAAGCGAAAAAAAAAAUACAUACACACAAACACACUACACUUUCUAUCUCUAUGUGCCUUGAACGUAAAAGAACAAAACAACAUACGAAAAGAAAAACUAAAAACAAAAAAGGUUGAAACUGAUAAUUGGGUAUGUUUAUCAUACGCGCGUGCGCACAACCACUCACUUAUUGUUAUUGAAGCAAAAACUCACAUUUCAUCAAAAUGUAUCGAAAAAAUCCAUUUUCAUUGCGAUGUCCUUUAGUCGCAAAUGCUUCAUUCUCAAACUGUUCCAUAAACAUCUCAUUCUACACAAUAGCAAGGUCGCAGCAUAUAAGGAAUGGUACAGAAGGCAAGCAGUCAAACCAUGUAGCUUUACGUACACAACCAUUGUCUCGCAUUCUUUAGCGAUAACGGAUAGUUUGAAAAGGAGAUGGAGUUGAUAGUAAACGGUUCCAUUCGACUGUUAAUAGUUGCGUUUUUUAAACAUCCCCAACUACUGCUCGAAAGUGGUUUUGGUAGUUCUGUAAAAUGGAACGAGCGGACGAACGGGAUUGUAACUUAAUAGAGAGGAGAAGCAAAAAAAAAAAACAGUUAAAAACACCAUACUAACCAUAAGUGAUUAGAAUGAAAUUGGAUUGUUGUUGUUGUUGAUGUUGUUUUUUCCUUGUUUUCCUUGGCGAGAGAUGAAGUAUGAACCAUGAAACGUGUUUCAGCUGUGCAAAACUUUCAUCCUUCAUAAAUCCCUUUUGCCUCAUCGACUGAUAAUACACCGCUCGCUUUCGUUUUCGAACCGAUCAACGGGCAUCACCCCACUGGUGGUGGGCCGGUGAUCAAACUCUUGUACAUUAACGAAUCGGAUCAUCCGAUGUGGUGUCCGCGCGGCGCUUGAUAGCGUUGGAUAGCGAGCGUGGUGCCCACGGGUGUCCGAGGAGGAAUUAAAAAAAAAAAACGACAGUAUCUUAUUGUGACACAACACACAUGUGAUUGAAGCGAUCGAGGGACAGCUGGCGGGAGAGGGAGGGGCGGCAGUGGUGCCACCCCGACCCUCUUCCCCAUAGCAAGCCCUAGUGUUUCACUUUCCUAUCACCUUUUUGUAGAUUUAACGUUGGAUGGUGGCUCUGGUACUGGUUGGGUCGCUUCGUAGGCUUUUGGAUUCUUCCAGGGAGGAGAGAGGAAAGAGGAAGAAACGCAAGAGCUAGAAGCGGAAUUUAAAAAAAAAAGAAAGGAUUUUAGGGUUGGUUAGUUGGUUGGGGAAGAAGUUGAUACAUACAAACAUUAAACAAAACUAUAGCGCAAGCAAAGAUACACUUAUUGAUUAUACUAACUGUGUAAGGUGUUUCAUAGUAUAACAGUGGCUACACACUCUUGCAACUAAGAGAUCGAUUAUCAAAACAUAAAAGAAGUGAAGUGAGUGAAAGUGGUAAAACACAAUAAGAAAUAAACAGAGAAAGAGAGAGAGAUAUAGAGAAAGAGAGAGAGAGAGAGAGAGAGAGAGAGAGAGAGAGAGAGAGAGAGAGAGAGAUGAAGCAGCAAAAGAAACAGGAAAUCCACUGCAGCUAUCGUAUUAAUGUGUAAACGGAUAGAUAUUUGAAAUAAUUGAUAUGAAUGAACCGCUACAUGAAGUUACCCACUUUUUCCACCGAAACAAAUGAAUUAAAAAAAAAGAAGAGACAAAACAAAACAACACAAGAAGAAAGGCUCACGUCAAACGCUUUAACAAUUUGGACGAGCCAAAGAAUAGGGGUAGAAAGGAAAACAGAUUGGAAAAGUAAAUCACGCUGCACACGUUUGUAAAAGUAUGCGCAAAUAUACGUCUCCCAUCUUCCCCCCCCCCCCCCCCUUUUGGCGUUAAAUCCACCAAACAAACAGGACAAAUGGAAAACAAGAUGGUUGUUGUUGUGAUUGAAAAGUAAAAACAAAGAAACAAACACACACAUACACACCGAAACAUUAAACAAGUAUAAAGAGAAUAAAAGCUAAUGCAAAAACA